AUGCUGCUUUUCUCUCGGCUUUCGCGGCGUCUUUCGUGUUUUUCCGGACCUCCUUUGGAGCGUUGUACCAGCCGUCUUCAGCCACACUAUAAAAGAGUCCAGCCCACUUGGAGGUUCUACUCGAGUGAUGCUAUAGGGAAGAUACAGUCUACUCAUUAUCACUUGGUGUACACAUGCAAGGUGUGCUCCACCAGAUCCACACAGAAGAUCUCCAAGCAAGCUUAUCACAAUGGUGUGGUGAUCGUGACGUGUCCGGAAUGCAAAAAUCACCAUGUGAUUGCUGAUAAUUUGGGCUGGUUUUCAGAUCUGGAAGGGAAAAGGAACAUCGAGGAGAUCCUGGCUGCCAAAGGAGAGACGGUAAAGAGGCUGCAAGGAAGUGAAGCUCUUCAAGCAAUCCCGACUGAGUCUGGCAAGGAGAAACCACAGCUUGAGCCUCAUCGGGAAAAGACGAAUGAGGAGGACUCUGAUAAAGACGCAUGA